UGUGCGCAUGCGCCCUGCGUCCUCCUUCCCCUCUCCUCUCCAAAGCGUUUGUGUGUGUGUUUGUGAGGGAGGGAGGGAAGGAGGCUCCUCCUCGUUCCCCUCCUCCGCCCCUCCCGACGGAGGGAAAGCGGCACGAAAGCGGCAGAGGCGGUAGUCCGUUUCUUGGCAGCGCUUGGCGUCCCUCAGGACUGUGACUUUGAGCAUCCAAUUUCACCAGAAACCAACAUUUCCAUGCAGCCAGCCAGUAUUUCCUCAGGCUUGGGCAAGAGAAGUGGAUUCUGGUGGGGGCAUUAUGAAUCUUUUAAGAUGAAUUAAUAAAGACAGCUGCUACAAAUGUAGGGCAGAAGACUAAUGGUGUGGGCAGUAUGGACCUAACGAACGGGCAUCCCAGCAGUGUUAAUAUUGCAGCCACCACUUCAGAGAAGAGUAGCAGCUCAGAAUCAUUAAGUGACAAGGGUUCUGCUGAAUUGAAGAAAAGCUUUGAUGCAGUAGUAUUUGACAUUCUGAAAGUUACACCUGAGGAAUAUGCAGGCCAGAUAACACUAAUGGAUAUACCUGUAUUUAAAGCUAUUCAACCAGAGGAACUCUCAAGCUGUGGUUGGAAUAAAAAGGAGAAAUAUAGUUCUGCACCAAAUGCAGUUGCCUUUACAAGAAGAUUCAACCAUGUAAGUUUUUGGGUUGUUAGAGAGAUUCUUCACGCACAGACAUUAAAAAUAAGAGCUGAAGUUCUGAGCCACUAUAUUAAAACCGCUAAGAAACUCUAUGAGUUAAAUAAUCUACAUGCUCUUAUGGCUGUGGUUUCUGGGUUACAAAGUGCUCCCAUCUUCAGGUUGACUAAAACAUGGGCGUUACUGAGCCGAAAGGACAAAACUACCUUUGAAAAGUUGGAAUAUGUGAUGAGUAAAGAAGAUAAUUAUAAAAGACUUAGAGAUUAUAUUAGCAGCUUGAAGAUGACUCCUUGUAUUCCUUAUUUAGGUAUUUACCUCUCAGACUUAACAUACAUUGAUUCAGCAUACCCAUCAACAGGAAGUAUUCUGGAAAAUGAGCAGAGAUCAAACCUAAUGAACAACAUACUUAGAAUAAUAUCAGAUUUACAACAAUCUUGUGAAUAUGACAUUCCUGUGUUGCCUCAUGUACAAAAGUACCUGAAUUCUGUUCAGUAUAUAGAAGAGCUUCAAAAGUUCGUAGAAGAUGACAAUUAUAAGCUUUCCUUAAAGAUAGAACCUGGGACCACUACACCUCGUUCUGCUGUAUCUCGUGAGGAUUUAGUAGGACCAGAAGUUGGAGUUUCUCCUCAAAGUAUACGAAAAAACGCUGCAGCUGAAGGAGCCUUAUUGCCACCUACUCCUCCAUCUCCUCGGAACCUCAUGCCACAUGGGCAUAGAAAAUGUCACAGUUUAGGAUACAACUUCAUUCAUAAAAUGAACACAGCGGAAUUUAAAAGUGCAACAUUCCCAAAUGCAGGACCAAGACACUUACUGGAUGACAGUGUCAUGGAACCACACGCCCCGUCACGGGGGCAGGCUGAAAGCUCUACUCUUUCUAGUGGGAUUUCAAUAGGUAGCAGUGAUGGCUCUGAGCUUAGUGAAGAGACUUCGUGGCCAGCAUUUGAAAGGAACAGAUUAUACCAUUCUCUUGGUCCGGUGACAAGAAUGGCACGAAAUGGCUAUCGAGGCCACAUGAAGGGCAGCAGUUCUGCAGAAUCUGAAGAUCUAGCUGUUCAUUUAUAUCCAGGAGCUGUUACUAUUCAAGGUGUUCUCAGACGGAAGACUUUAUUGAAAGAAGGAAAAAAACCUACGGUAGCAUCAUGGACAAAAUACUGGGCAGCUCUAUGUGGAACCCAGCUUUUCUACUAUGCUGCAAAGUCUUUGAAGGCAACAGAGAGAAAACAUUUCAAAUCUACACCCAGUAAGAAUGUGUCAGUGGUGGGGUGGAUGGUCAUGAUGGCUGAUGAUCCAGACCAUCCAGAUCUCUUCCUGCUCACAGAUUCUGAGAAAGGAAACUCAUACAAAUUUCAAGCUGGUAACAGAAUGAAUGCAAUGCUGUGGUUCAAGCAUCUGAGCGCUGCCUGCCAAAGCAACAGACAACAGGUCCCUGCCAACUUGAUGACCUUUGAGUGACAAGCCUCUUCAGAGCCUGAACCCAGAUGAGUUUGAGGAGGAAGAUCCCGGUUAAUGCAUACCAGCUAUACUUCUGGGCCAGAAUGAAGAUUGUAAUCACAGUUUCAUGUCUUAAAGUACUGCUCAACAACAACAGCCACAAAAGCACUGAGAAUUCAGGGGAUGAAAAUGUAAAAUGUAACAUGAACUGCCAUGAACUGCUACUUAUAAUUCUCUUAACUGACCUGUUGAAACCACUGCCUUAAAGAAUGAAAGGAAAACCAACAUGAAACACCAAAUAGUAUGUGUGUAUGAGUCCUCUGGCGGUGCUGUGCUUAGGUUAAAUAGUUUGUAGCUAGUUUGCAUUUGUGUUAACUUUUAAUUUAAAAAGUCCAUAUUUCUUUGCAGUUUUUCUUGUAGAAAAGGGAUUGUGUCGAGGGCAAGCUUGCGAGGAUGUAGCAUGUGUGUUCUUAAGAGAAUGUGCAAACGGUACCUGCACCCUUCCCGUCUGUAUCAACUUUUGCUAAACUCAGAUCAUUGGGGGUGCAGUUCAAUUUGUUUAAGCUUAGGAUGUAUUAUAUGCAAUUUUUUUUCUUUUCACACAAAGCACUACAUUGCUUUUGUUUCCUGCAAGUGGCACAACAGCUUGAUAUUUAAACAUCCGUUUCGUGUCUGAUGAAAGCAAUCUUUAUGAUUUUGUAAAGCCAGCUUUGGGAAAUGUCUGCGGAUCAGAACUGAGCCUUUCUUUCUCUAUGUAUUCAAAAUGAGCCACACUCUUCAAUCAGCACUAUGUGUAUUUCUCUUCUCAAGUUCUUCUGUGAGUUAUUUACUUUUGAAAACUUUGUUGUGUUUUAAACAGCAUUAAAGUUGCCCUCAAAGAAGUUUAAAGUCGAUCCUUUUCCCCUAUGAAAAAAGAUUUUAAAACAGCUGUAAUUUGUUCCAUUCUUUAUUAUUGGGGAAUGAAUGCUCAAUUCUGAUCUUGCAGAAGUUUGCUUUAAAAAGGGAAAGUUGCUUGUUCUGAGUCACUUCUAGUAUACUUCUUCCACAGUAACCCAUUGGGUGUUUCAUGGAAACCUCUUUAUAGCCAUCAGUAUUACUGUACAGUUUGCACAACUUUUUUUCCAAUUUUUAAAGUUACUAUAUGUUUCUUUUCAAAGUAUGUUUUUUAAAAGAAAAAAACACUAUACGUGUGUGUGCUCCUUCCUUCUCCUUCCUUUUUUUAGUUUUGUGGUAAAUAACCCUGUGGAAUUUUGGUUUUUUUAUAUAUUAUAAAAAAGAGAAAAAACACUAGUGUUAGAUACAGGCUUGUUGAAUUUGUUUGUUGUAUUUUUAUUUCAAGAAAGAUGCAACUGGGAGCCAUAUGAUGCUGGUUUUGCUAAUGAUAAUUCACAAAAAAAAUUUUGUGGGAAAAUUGCUUUAGGUUUUGAUAAGUUCUGUGAGCUGUGGAUAAUUUUCUAAUUCUCUAUCCACAUCCUCCUCCAUCCAGUUUAACUUUAUUCUAUAAUGUACUUCAGUCUUCCUAAUCUUUCAAAGCAUAGAUUAGUUCACCACAACAAAAUCUCACUUUAAAGAAGAAUAUCAGUGUUUCAGUGAAGACCACACAGAGUAUUCCAGUGGAUAACUAGGUUGAUGGCUAGCUUAAUUUUCCCCUAUACCUUCCAUAUGUUCUUUGAGUAAAUUUCAAAACCAGAUUGAGCGAGCUGUCAUGACUUCAGCAGUGUUCUUAUUCAGAGUCAAAUGUAGUUUAUCCCACAUUAAUUUAGGUCAUCACUCCAAUAUCAAAUCAUUCAUUUUUGGGUGGUGGUUCAUCUUUCAAGGUUAGGAUUCUAAAAUCUUAUAACAAAUUUCACUUCCCCAUCCAAGAUUUAGGCAUAGUUUAUAACAGGCAUGGGCAAACCCAGGCACAUGGGUCAGACAUGGGCCCUUGAGCUCUUUCUUGUACCCCCCAUUUGCUUCAGCCCUCCUCACAGCAUGAGGCUGUGGCAGUCUGCCAUGUCCCCAGGCUGAGAAAAGGCCCGAGGUAGAGACAUAUGUCUGCCGAGAGCGCCCAGGAGUUCUUGCCAGCCACAUGUUCCUUCUCUCAGUCUGAGGGUGCAGCAGGCCGCCACAUCCCCAAGCUGAGAGGAGAGCUGGGGAAGAGACAUGCGGCUGGCAAAUGCAUUCUGCAGAUCUCACCAGCCACAUGUCUCCUCCUCUCAGCCUAGGGAUGCAGUGGGCCUCUACAUCCACAGACUGAGAGGAGGACCCUCCCCCCUGCACCAACCCCCCAGCCUUCCCCCCACCACCAACUGCCCCACGCCAACCAGUAUUCCACCUCUCCCCUGCAGCAGCUGCCCUCGGCCUCCCUUCUGCUCCCCCCCCCCCCAUCUCAGCCCUCCCUGGGCCACAAUGUAGCCCCCACAAAAAAGGUUUUCCCAUGCCUGGUUUAUAAGAUCUUUAUACAUCUUGCAAGAAACAUUCCAUUCUUUAUUUUGAUAAGAUGACUUCAAAACAAGAUCCUCAUACUAAAAUUAGUAAGCCAGUCUAAAUCUAAACAAGAACUUUUAAGAUUACUGGCACAAAUAUUUUUUUAGAAUUACGGAGUUAGCUGGGUGAGUCUUCUUCAUUCUUACAAGAACUGAAAUAUAAAUUUAUUUGAUACUGAUGAACUGAUAAUAUAAUGGGUUCCAAUGUUUACUGUAUCUGAAAACUGAUUAUGUAUAUAGAUAUAUUUGUCUAAUUGUUAGCCAAUUCCACCUAAACCCAGUAAAACAGCAUCUUUAAUACCAAUAACCUGUUUUAAUGCAGUGAUCCACACAGUUGGAGUGCAUAAACUGAGUUGUGUGCCCGAAUUCUCUGAUUACAAAACAAAGCAGAAUAUGGAAAUGCUGCUUGUGUGUUGUGAUUCAGUGUGAAUUUUGAGCCAUAGUACAUUUUCAGUCAACACAUAAAGGAUAGAUUGUUUGAAAUAUUCUGUAUCAUAAUGUUUAAUCCAGUAACAAACUCUGUUUACAAAAAAAAAAAAUCACACUCGAGUAGAAAGAAAUAAAGAAUGCCUUCCUCUUGCACCAAUUUCCUCUUUACAUAUUCAUGUCCUGCCUUUUCAUCACACAUACAUAGACUGGUGAACUUUUGUUACAUGCUUCACUUUACACAAAAUCCAUAUAUCAGUUUUCUUCAUUUUCCAUACUGUAAAUUCCAGAGAGCACCUGUUUUGCUCAAUAUAUAUAACGUUUCCCCUCAAUCCUUUGUUCUUGUUGGUUUUUAACUAGCCAAUGGGAUAUAGGGUUAAUAAUACCAUCAGACAAUUUUUAUAUCAUCACCCAGCCAAGCAGUAGACAUGAGAUGAAACUGCAACUAACAAUCACUUAUUACAUUUUUUUCUUUAUUUUAUAGGAAUAAUUUAAGCAUAAAGGGGAAAAUCUACACUGCAGAAAAUGUGUUUUGGUUUGUACAUAUUUUACUAGGUGGAAAUUAUCAGGAACCAUCGCCCUGACCAAAUUUGAAUAUACUUCUGGUGUGGGUUUCACUUAAAACAUACAUUCCUGUUGUGUUCCUACAGACACGUCACUUCUGGAUAGAAAGAGCAAUAUGAAAGAAUGCUGUCUCAUUAAGUAUAACUUGUAGUUUACUUCCUAAUUUCAAAGCACAUUCCUGUUUGUGUGUGUAAAUUACUCAUACAACAGAUCUUUUUCCAAAUAACUCUUCCAAUUGCAUCUUUUUCUCUUUUUGGGGGUAAUAUAUUGCCUUUUCAUACCUAAACGUUAUGAAUCCUGAUCUCCUUUCCUUAGUAUGCUAUGAAAGCUUGACAAUACUAAAAUUGACACUAAAUGACGAGUUUUCUUUUCCCUGAAAAGUCAGACUUUCUAGAGAUUGUGUAUUCCAAGUUCCUUCUUUGUCCCAUUAAAAUGGUUUGUGUUUAGGUUCACUAAGUAUGUGUCUAAGUUAAAAUAUAAACCAACAUGUUAAGAUCCUCCAAAGGAGAAUAUCCUUGCCUGUCCAUAAAAGGGUUAUGGACGUAUCUGUAUAAGAUUUUGUCAGUGCCUUAAUUGCCUGCCUGAAGACCAAAGGGGCAAUCCACUAAGUCCUGUUACUAUGCAUUCCCCCACUCACGCAAAUCCUCAGUUAUAUGUAUGGAAUUUGUAUAACCAGCAGAGUAGCUCAAUCGUCUUCUGCCUUUUGGUUUGAAUAUCACCAUUGCUUUUAAAAAGUGGAUCUAGAGAUUUUCUGGUUUACUUGGAAGUUCCGAUUCAUUCCACUCUUUUAUUUUUUUAAAAGCAAUUAUCUUCAGUUGAUAUGAAGUCCGGUUCAGAAUUUCAUUCUAAUAGUGUAUAUGCCAUGCCUCAAGGUUGUGCUCAUAUUUCGCUAAAUAGCAAAUGUCACAUGGAACCUGCGUGAAUGUCUAUAGUAAAUGUCUGAGGAAGCCAUCUAGUUCAUUAAAAAUACCUACCAAAAUAAUUUGUAAGUAUGCUUUUUCUUACCAAUCUGGAUAUUCAGACUAGCAAAAAGCUGUUUAUGUAAAAUUAAUUGGUUCAUAAAAGUCGAUACUAUGAACUGUCUUUUGAUGAAACUCAACGUUUAAAAUGUCUCUUUUCAUUCUAGUUAAAAGGAUCAAGUCAUGUCUGAAAUCUGAAGUGUAAUACCUACAGAUAAAAAAACCUAUUCCCUAUUCCCACAUUUGCAUUCUUUAGUUUUCUAUGAAGGGCAAUUGCUAGGUAACAUUCAUAAGAAAAUCAGAAUUAUUUUCUUUUUAGUUCUUUAUCAAAGAGUUUGUUUAGACAUUGUUGAAAAACCUAGAAGCAAAAGGUUUGUCUUAUUUCUGCUCUGAAAUUGAAAGUUGGCCUUUUUGCUUACUUGGAGCUACUCAUAAGUCUACUACAGCUUGUUCAGUGGAAGGUGUAAAGAGGAUUUAGUGUACUGUCUUUUUUUUACUGUUUAACAGUUUUAAAAGACUUUCAUACAGCCAUUCAAGUAAUAUUUCCAUUUACAUACAUACAAAGUCUACAUUAUGCUGAACACAAGCCAUUUUAAUGUAUUUCUUCUCUGUUGACUUGAUGCACCUCUUUGAUGAGAGAUGAAUGCACUAUGACCUCUAUGAGUGAUGUGCAGUUUUGCUGUUCUUUGUCAUUCUUUUCACUUUCUAAUUUUUAAUACUUUACCAUGUGUGUGUGUGUUUGAAUUGUGUGUUUGCAUAAGCUAUUUCAACAUGACUUAAACUACGGACUUAAAAAUAGAAUUUUCCUACUGAAAUAAAUUGCUUAAAAUUUAAA